AGCAUUAAGUGCUUUUAUUAAGUGUUGUUGUUAACGCACAGACACGCAACCACACAUGUGGCUUCUCUGUGGGAAAAGGUCACAGCAGGUCACCUGAAACGCAGCCACGGACGCUUUUACAGCUCACACUCGGGGGAAAGGAAACUACGGGGAAAGUGGAGCUCUUUAGUCUCUAGUUUUGCAGAACAGGCUGAGCAGGUGGGCGGGGCUUCCACUCCAUGCUCCCCUCCAGCCAAUCAGCAACUUGGCAAGUGCAGCUGACCCCCCCCUUUCCCGAGCCAAUCAGAGGGCAGCCCCCCCUCGCCUGUACGGCUUCACUGCUGAGUGAGCAUAGCAUGCGUGGCUCUAUCAGCUGAGAGGAAACCGACAGAACGAAAACACACGCCGAGAGCGAGGGAGGACGGGACAGAGACAUGUUUGAAAGGAGGGGCCUGAGUUAGACGGAGGAAGAGAGAAGAGGGUGAAGGAGAGCCGGGAGGAAGGAAGCAGAGAGGCGUCGAGACGGCAGCCCGACGCUGAUAGAAGCACAGGAGGAGCAGAGGCGUCCGUGCAGCCAGCAGAGCAAAUAGAGGAAGCAGGGUGAACUGCAUCAGGGAACUCUGGGAGGAAUGAUCUUGUCAUGAUGCCACAACUGUGCCACACCCUGCGCAUAGGAAACCAAAGAGGACGUGUCUGGCGAGCGGCCAAUCGCAGAGGGAGCCCAGCGAGAGUUAAAUCCCACUGCUGUUCACAGACGUUUCCCUUCAUGAGCCUUUGGUGUUAUUGACACUCCAGUCGUAGCUCCGGCUUCCCCCGGAGUCCUUGCUGAGUACCUGUCUUGGGAUGUUGUCAUUGUUUUGUGGCAGCUGUCAUGAAGAGAGACAUCUUCCUUUAGGAGGCCAUUUCAAACAGAACCUCCAGAUGUUGUGCCAGAUGCAGCUUGUCAGCGCACUCAGAUUUAGACAAGGACGGGCACAGAGGUGCUGUGCUGCCCAGCUUCCUGCUUCACACCGUCUGACAUCACAGCAGGGACUCUAGGACUCCCUGAACCCGUGGGACAUCGGGCUCUGCGUCUGACGACCCACUCGACCCUGUUGCACAGAAAUUAGUCAGGACUCUUAUCCUUUAACAUAGAAACCAUGCGGCACAUUCACGUGGAGUUAGCCCACAAAAAGAGCCCGUUAGAGCUUCCAGCUCAGGAAGGGGACCUGCCUCCAUCCACCAAACAGGACCUGGACCCUGGGGUCAGGCCGGGACCCAGACACUUUGGCCAGGAGGAGCUGCGGCUCCAGAAGGUCUAUCAACUUUCUAUUUUCUCCCAGCUGGGGGGAUUUUCUACCUGCACAGAGUCUCAAACUGAUGCCCAGCAGAGGUCUGUCCGGUUGGGUGUGAAAAGGGGACUAGAGGAGCCGCAGUUGACUCACAAGCGCCCUCACCUGGAGAAGGACUCCUCAGACAGGGAGGUGUUGGAGGGAGGAAUGCUCUGUGGGCCGGCCCCGGCUCAGGGUGUCGCGAUGGGCCCCGGGAGUUCUGGUUCUUUAUACUCGUGCACACAAAUGGAGCACAGAGACUCUGAGAGCGGAGUGUUGCCUAGGUCGCCCCCCCUCUCCCCAACUCACAACCCCUCCCGACGUCCCGCUCAGCACAAUCAUGACAGGCCUGUUCCUGAUGUGUUCGCUCCACUGUCGCCUAAAUCACCUCAAAGGUGUGACCCACACGGGCACUUCUGUGACCCGGGCCAUUCCCACGGAAGCUCAGUCAGAGUCGAGCCGUCUCACGGCAACCGCACACCCACCGGCUCACUAGGUAGUCCUGGAAUGGACGGCUGUAGUAAUGGGUCAUGCGGAGGACAGCCCAGCACCCCGCUCUAUGACAUGCCCAUGUACGAGACUCCCAACCCAGCCAGCCCCACCAGCCCGCCUGGGCCCUUCUCCCCCCCACACCACACGGAGCUGCAGGAGCCCGGGGAGGCCACCGAAUGGGACGCCGGACUCGAGUCCUCCCCACCUGAGCGCAGUGCCACCCAGGCCGCCUCCUCCAAGGGCCUGGCGUCCUGGGAGAAAACGCCCAGCGCCAACGGCCACCGCCUAGCCUCCGGGGGCCACUGGCCGGCCAAGAAGCGGCUCCUGCCCCCCAGCGACACGGGGGAGUCGUGCUCCGAAGACGAGGGGCCGUCCACGUCCAAGAGAAGCAGGCACUCGGCGCUGACACAAGGACUGGGUCCGGCCUCGUGUCGCAGCACUGAUGCUAAAGCUGCCCCUUACUGGAACCACCUGCUACCCUCUGCAUGGGAUCAGCCCAAGACUUCUACCGACUGUACGAGAUCAUCGAGGCGUCUUAAAAGUGGGCUGCGACUAAAAAGCCGGCAGCUGCGCAGCGGCAGACACCCGGACUCCAGCCGCUCCUCGCGGUCCGGCUGGUCCUCGUCUUCAAUCAGCAGAUCGCUCCUCGGCAACUUUGAGGAAUCCAUCCUGAAGGGCCGAUUCUCGCCGUCUGGCCAGAUCGAGGGCUUCACGGCGGAGCUGGGCGCCAGCGGCUCCUACUGCCCGCAGCACGUCACGCUGCCGGUGCAGGUCACCUACUACGACAUCUCCGAGCACAGCGCGCCCUCUCCCUUCCUGGGGGUCAUAACCCUCGAGCCUCUAGGAAAGAAAGGAUACAGCAUACCCAAAGCAGGGACCAUUCAAGUGACCUUAUUUAAUCCCAACAAAACUGUGGUGAAAAUGUUCCUGGUGACCUACAACCUGGGUGACAUGCCCGUCAAUCACAUGACCUUCCUGCGCCAACGCAUCUUCCUGGUGCCUGUGGAGGAGGGGGUGGAGGAGAACGGCGAGGCCACCCCAGGGGGCGGAGUGCUGGACAGGAAGAGGAUUCUCUGCUACCUGAUCCACCUCAGAUUCCAGAGCUCCAAAUCUGGGAAGAUCUACUUGCACAACGAUAUCCGGCUGCUAUUCUCCCGCAAAUCCAUAGAAGUGGACACGGGGAUCCCUUACGAGCUGAAAUCUUUCACCGAGGUGCCAAGAAACCCUAAAUACUCCCCGCGGGUGUGACCCCAACUUGACCCUUGACCCCUCCCAACGCAGCCCCUCCCUGCUUCCUGAGGAGGAGGGAGGGAAGCAAAGAGACUGCUGGAAUGAUGGACAUAAUACUUGAUAAGACCCGAUGAGACACGCCACAUGCUUAGACUCACACACACCUCAUGCAGUGGUCGUCACUGGAAAAGUCCCCGGUUUAUGCGUUAACUCUCAAAAACCAAACAUAGCAUUCCUUGUAUCCUUCAUUCACUGAAGAUGUAGAACAAACGUUUCUGUGGUAGCAGUCAAAAGCAGGACUUCAUCCGACGCCUUCAUUUGUACAGAGACAGAUGCUGACACACACACACACACACACACACUCUUCUGGUGGUGACUCUGAGUUCAGUGUUAACAUGCAUGCCUUGUGACUCCAACACCUGGAUUUUUCUCUAGUGCCGUAUCACACUGUCCUUCACUCUGCCUGCAGCUGCAGCCGCCUGCUUGGACCCAGCACGUCCACAGCUCUGGGCUGCCUCACACACACACACACACACACACACACACACACACACACACACACACACACACACA